AGGAAAUCAAGCUGGACUGACUUGUGAUGGAGACGAGAGAGGCCGGCCUAGACACCUCCGAUGGCCCUCGCGGACAAAAGUUUAUAAAGACCUGGACGGAAGUGCCUUGACAACAAACCUGGACCUCCUCUACCCAAGCCCAUCGCCAACGGCCCUUGACUUCAAUCUAUCUAUUUUUCCCUUGCAGGCAGCGCCUCAAAAGCUUCACCCGCUACCUCCCACCUACUGCUCACAAUGAAGUUCUUCUCCGCCGUCACCCUCCUGGCCGGCCUUGCCGCUGCCCUGCCCACCGCCGUCGACGUCGCCGAGGACUCGUCUCUUGAGACCCGCCAGCUCUUCGGUUCGACCAGUAGGGACCUUGAGAACGGCAACUCCCGCAACUGCCCCCCUAUCAUCUUUAUCUUUGCCCGCGGCUCCACCGAGUCCGGCAACCUGGGCACUCUCGGCGGCCCCGUCGGCGAUGGCCUCCAGUCCACCUUUGGCCGCAGUAAUGUCUGGGUCCAGGGCGUCGGCGGCCGCUACUCGGCCUCCCUGGGAGAUAACGCCCUCCCUCGGGGCACCAGCCGUGCCGCUAUUACCGAGAUGGUCGGCCUCUUCAACAUGGCCAACAGCAAGUGCCCCAACGCUAAGAUCGUUUCCGGAGGCUAUAGCCAAGGCGCUGCCCUGACCGCGGCCGCCAUCGAGGACGUUAGCUCCGCUAUCCGCAACAACAUUGUCGGCGUCGUUCUGUUUGGCUACACCAAGAACCUGCAGAAUAGGGGCGGCAUCCCCAGCUACCCCUCCAGCAACCUCAAGGUCUACUGCAACACCGGCGACCUCGUCUGCACCGGCAGCCUCGUCGUGACCGCCGCCCACCUGACGUACGGCAGCGACGCCCGCCGCGACGCUCCCCGUUUCCUUGCCGCCAGGAUCAACGCCUCGUGAGCGAGUUUAUCACGCCAAGACAAGAAGCAAGGGACAAAACUUGGCGCAGCCGUUGCCGGGGGCCCCGGGAUAGGCUAGGCGGCCUUCACCUCCCCCCCGCUUCCCCGGGACGGGCGGGAUCAUAGUUCUCUUCUGUGGCAAUACUUGUAUCUGCACGUCGACCGGCAACCAUAGGCGCCUGUAUGGCUGUUAGGAGAUAUUACGAGGCUUAGCAUGCAAUUCGAAUCAUUCGAAUGUGUUGAAUCUUGACGGAAGGUGCUUGGUGACAUGAGCGAAUAAAUGCUGGUUGGUGGGCUGUCUCGAGGGCAACUCCGGUCUGCGGGUCGAGGAGGCCCCGGCCACGUGAAUAAUCAGCUUUCGUCGUCGCGUUAUUAUUAUCUUAGCAAUCCGGCCCGUUAUAUAAGGCCCCGUUCGCGAAAGCUUAUAAGAUAGGAAAUCCUCCUAUCGUGGCGGAAAAAUACAUAACUC